AUGACCAAUGCUCACGAUCCAAACUUUCCUGUGGGCCUGCAGAUAAAGCCUUUGGACAUUUCGAACCAAUUUAUGGAAUCGGGCUGGUCUUUUGACGCGUCUGCCCAAAAAGACGCGAUCUGCAAAUAUGGCAUCGCUGGCCGCGUUUGGGAAGCCGCAUUUGCCCUCAAGUUGUACAUCAAUCCCCCACCCGGAUGGUCAUUCGAACCCCGAUUUCUUGACCCACAUCCAGACCAAUCGUCGCGUCUUUUCGUGGAAUUAGGAUCGGGGUCAGGUGUCAUUAGCCAUUACAUUUCUCAAGCAACCAAACACACGAGGGAUACCCUUCUCGUGACCGAUCUUCCAGAGGUCUGUCCGUUGCUCGAGGAGAACCUAAGAGGAAAUUCCGAGCGCCUCGUCAUCAGGCCUUUGUCGUGGGGAAACGCGGAGGAAGCACGGCAGAUACAUAGCGAGCUGAUCUCCGGCACUGACCGCUUCCUCACCCACAUUGUAUGCAGCGAUCUAGUAUAUUUUCCGGAACUUCUGUCUCCUCUUUUGCGAACGCUCCUUCAACUCUCCUCGCCGCCAUUCAUAAACCCAACGUUCACGACCCCACAAACCAUCAUUAUCUCCUACAAAAUUCGCAGUUUUGCCAAGGAAUCUGUCUUCUGGUCUGCUUUUGGGUUAUGGUUUUCGUUCUAUCCGGUUCUAUACAAAGCCCGCGCAUCGUCAUCAUGGGCACGUACUGGAUCAACCGAAGACAUUCCUUUCAUUUUUAUUGCUCAUAGAAGACCUGAGUCAUCAUGCUGGAUCGUACCAAACGAUGAUCAAAGUCUACUACAAGGCGUAGGUGCACGAGGCACUUCAUGCCCCAAAUCCGACGACACAUUCGAAACCCUGUUGCUAAUGUCUGUGGACGACGACAGCGAUGAAGAUUCAUCCUAA